CUAAGAUCUGAUGUCAAUCGAAGUGUUAAUCUGCACCGUGAUUGUACCUCCCCGCCUAUUCUCGUACUAUAGUGGGCGCUUCCAACACAUGAAUCCUGCCUGCCUGUACAUUCACAAGCUUCGGCCGGUGAAUGAUGUGUUUUCGAUGACGCCAUGUUCCUGCUUCACAUGAUGGAGAAGGAAGGAAUGCCAUGGCUUAAGCUCUUCUAGGGGGUAAUCAAGGUUGUGGAUUGCCGCUUCCCUCCCCUCCAUCAUCGGUCUAUAUAAACUUCUUUCAUCCCCCCUUCAUCUCUCAAACUUCUCCUCCUCAUCACAACACAAUCUCAGAUCCUCAUCUCAACUUUAAAUCAAUCUUCACACAAACAAACAACCAACAACCAAUCACAAUGGAUUCCAUCAAGCAGGGCGCCAACUACGUCGGUGAGAAGGUUCAGCAGGCCACCUCUGGUGCCUCCAAGGAGACCAACAAGCAGGUCGCCAAGGACUCCGAUGCCCCCGUUGGCACUCGUGCCUCCGCUGCCAAGGACGCUCUCGGUGACAAGGUGGACGAGUCCAAGCACGACGCCAAGGGCGAGGCCCACAAGCAGGCCAUCUAAAUGGACUGAG